UGAAUUAGCUUCCUUCAUCACUUUGCCAACCACAUCAGGAAGAAGGGAUGGCUAAGCUCAUAGUGACAAUGAACACCACCAGAGGAGCCUAUGGGAGCCCCAAAUCGUGGAACCCAGAGCACACCGAGAAUGCCUCCCUGCCCAACUUUACACUGCCUUUCACGUUUCGCCAACGGGCCACUGACCAAGCGCUGAAUGGAAUCCUCAUUGUUGUCCUGGGCAUUGUCAUGGUGUCACUGGGGUGCACCAUGCAGCUCUCCAAGAUCAAGACUCACUUCUGGAAACCUAAAGGGGUGGCCAUUGCUGUGGUGGCUCAGUAUGGCAUAAUGCCUCUGACAGCGUUUGCCCUGGGAAAGCUCUUCCAUUUGGGCCCUAUUGAGUCUCUGGCUGUGCUCAUCUGUGGCUGCUGUCCAGGUGGAAACCUCUCAAACAUUUUUAGUCUGGCAGCAAAAGGAGAUAUGAACCUGAGGUAAGGAGAGCUCUGUACCUCACCAUUGUCACUGGCCAGGCCAUUUCAGUUAGGAGACUGGUCUACAGUCUAACUUAGUUCUCUCAAUUCUAAUGCUUCGGGCAGGAAUAAAUUUGGUAUUGUACCCAAAGUAUUUUUUGAGUACUCAUCAGCUUGGUGCUAAAUGCUGCUUAGUCACUAUUGGUCCGGAGCAGCGCUCUGGCACCUAAAAUCUAGAAUAGAGCUGCACUCCAGCACUUGGGGUCACACCACCACUAAGAUUUGACCUGGCUACCCCUCCAUAAUGCCAGCCAGAGCAGUAGCCAAGCCAAAUUUCAGUGGUGGUGUGACCUGACGUACCAGGUUGCAACACCACUCAAAUUUAGCCCAGCCACCAAUGUUCCCUCACGUUCCCCACACGUGCACCAGUAAACUACCUCAUGUGGCUGGGAGCAUGACUGAUGCCUGGGUUGGGCUUUCCUGCCAGAAUCCACAGCAGCUCCUCUUGGCACUGGGGAAGCCUCAAACCAGAAGGGAGAGUAAGGAGCAGAGUAGGGUGGAAGGGAGCCCAGCCAGCAGCUGGGUCCCGUUCUGCCUGCUGAGCCGUCCUGCCAGAACCCACAGCAGCUAGUCGUGGUGCUGCUCUGGGAACCAGCAGGAAGUUGAGAGCCAGCCAGCAGGGAAGAGUGAAGUUGGCAGAGGACGUAACACCCUCCCAGGAACCCAGGGCGUAGGAUCAAGCCAGCACGGAAGGCAAGGAACAAUGUGAGUGUAGGCAGAGAAAUAGGGGAGUUUCUACCAGUCUUGCAGUUAGGACACAGGAAUUAGAAACCUACACAGAUUAUAGCUUUAGGAGGAAAGAAACAGUCAAAAGAGGAAGACAAGCUGUGUACUUUUGUUGGUGCCAUAAGAAGAAUUGAUUUUAAUAGCUUACCUGUGGCAUACUCAUCAGUCUUGUUUCUCAGCACAGUAUUGGACUACAAGCUACAUUUCAAAGAACUUGAUGUGAGUUUAAACCUCUUCAACCCAGGAUUCAAUCAAAUGGCAGAUGUUGUGACCAAUUACAAAUUGACUGGGUAGUUAAAUGAAUAGAUUGGGGAGACAAAGGUCUAUCUAAACAUGAUGAAAAUAUAAUGAUAAAUUAAAGCCCAAUAGGAGUGGUCCCUGUUCUCUCAUCCUUUCAUUAACAAAUUCAACUGGUUGACAUAAAAUAAGGUUCUA